GUACUCUAGGGCGGUUUUCUUAAGGCGCUUCUCUUGACCUUAGUCUGUCUCGAGGGAUUAAUUAUUUGUCAAAACAUCUAAUUCAGGAUACAUGCGUGAAUUUCUAUAGACUACCACUGUUGUAUAAUCACUGAAAGUGAUAGAACUAGUCUUUUAGUUACAAAUAUAAAUUAUGAGUCUCUUUACAAGUCCACCUCCAGUUGUAAAACGACUUAUAAGUUACAUCAAAGAAGGUUCAGACAAAGAAGAAAAGUGGAAAGAAAAGGCUGUUAAAUCAUUAGUCAAGAGGUUAAAAAACGGGACGCAAUUGGACGAGUUGGAACGCGCUUUAGUUAGCCAAGAUCCAUCUACACGCUGUGUUACAAUACCGCGUUCAUUGGAUGGACGGCUACAGGUUGCCCAGAAAAAAGGUUUACCACACGUGUUUUACUGCCAACUUUGGCGAUGGCCAGACCUGCAUACUCAGCACGAGUUAAGACCUAUCGCUACUUGUGAAUAUUCUUUCCAAUCAAAACGCGAUGAGGUUUGUAUCAACCCUUAUCACUAUCGAAGGAUUGAAAAUCCAGUUCUCCCACCAAUUAUGGUUCCUCGUACAGUUAACAAUGGGACUUCCGGAAUCAAUAACGACAACAAUACACAUCGUGGUGUGACAGAAUCAUCUACUGAACGUUAUGGAAGAGGUUCAUCCUUUGGUUCACAUCAUUCUCGAUACUCCUCUAUGCACAAUCAGUAUCAACAAGGUCUUCAACAACAACAUCAUCUAAACGCUUUACAGAGUCAUCAUCCUUCCACUGCUGGAUUAAAUGAUUCUAUGAUAAUGGGAGAUGAUUGUGGUUCAGAACCAAAUAGUUUAGCUGCCCUCCUAGCUCCUCCAUCUAAACAACCCAGACAACAUCUUGCUACAGAUGCUGUGACAGCCGCUGCUCUAGCCAGAGGUGAUGCACUUGACGCGUAUGCUGUAGCAAGUCGAGCAAUAGCUGGUUUAGAAAAUGUUGGAAAUGUACUCGGUGGAACGCAUCCACCAUGUGUGAGCCUUCGUGAGGCUGCUGAAAAUAUGACUCUCGGUGGACCUCCUAAUUUAGUUGGAACGCCCCCAGCCCCUCCUCAUUCAGGCUAUCAAUCGUCUCUUAUGAAUGUGGUGUCCAGUCUUAGCGGAGAUGGUCGUGAUUUCGCUCGCAGUUUAGGUGUAGCAAAUCACAUUCACAAUGCUACAACGAGGUCACUUAGUAUGGGUGAUUAUCCAAUUCCUGUGUCUGCUUGCCAAGAAGAUCGUUCUAACGAUUCUCAGUGCCUAGGUCCAAAUGCUGAUAAUUUGAGUUCAAGUUUUAUGGGUCAGUCAUCAUCAGUUUCCUCAUCUACAACUCAAAAAGCUCCCAGUAUUGCUGGUGCCGGCCCUUCAAUAAACUCUCCUGGUACAUUGUCAUCAGUUGAAGAAAAUUGUAUUAGUGAAGAUGACAAUAUGGAUCUAGAUAUGUUAAGCGAUGUUCUUAUUGAUGGAAAUGAAAUGACUUCAGUAGCUUACCAAGAACCUGAAUAUUGGUGUUCAUUAUAUUAUUAUGAAAUGAAUACUCGUGUUGGAGAUACAUUUCAUUGUUCUAGUCCAUGUUUAACUGUUGACGGUUUCACCGAUCCAAAUAGACAUAAUCGUUUCUGUUUAGGUCUAUUAUCCAAUGUGAAUAGAGGACAUCAGAUUGAGCUGACAAGAAGACAUAUUGGUAAAGGUGUUAAACUUUAUUAUAUUGGCGGUGAAGUGUUUGCAGAAUGUUUAAGUGACAGUGCUAUAUUUGUACAAUCUCCUAAUUGCAAUUAUAUGUAUAAAUGGCAUCCAGCAACUGUAUGUAAAAUUCCGCCUGGAUGUAAUUUAAAAAUAUUCAAUAAUCAAGAAUUUGCCAAUCUUCUUACAGAGAAUGUAACUAAAGGUUUUGAAGCUGUUUAUUCACUAACAAAUAUGUGUACUAUACGAAUGAGUUUUGUCAAAGGAUGGGGUGCUGAUUAUCGCCGACAAACUGUAACUAGCACUCCAUGUUGGAUUGAAAUUCAUUUAAAUGGACCUCUACAAUGGCUUGAUCGUGUUCUUAGUCAAAUGGGCUCCCCAGAUCAUCCUUGCACAUCUGUCAGUUGAACCAAUGAAGCUAUCCAUUAUUUAUGGAUUUUUGUUAUGAUAACUGUCAAUGUUCAGGAUAAAUUAUCUCUUGUCAAUAGUAUCUUUUCCGACGUCUUUCGAAUAUCUCCUAAAUAAAAGUGAAAACAAUUAUUGAAUACUUAUUAAUAUUAUUGUUAUUCCUUUCAUUGGAUUUCUGGUCGCCGACGACAUUUCUAACUUUAAUCCAAGUUUAAUUUGUCCUAAAUUACAGUUGUGUGUUGUCACUUGAUUAUUAUAUCACUAUUAUUUUAAACGUUUUAAUCCUUCUGAAUGCAAUUAUAUAAUGUUAGAUUAAUGCCAAAUAUUCAUUGAUGACAAUUUGACAUUGAUUUUGUAUUUCCUUACCUCCUUCAACCUACCCUCCCGAUUGUCAACCAUUUUCUUUUAUUCCGUUUUUAAUUUGAAAACGUAAAUAGGAAUUUUUCGCCACACUGUCUUACUCAUUAUUAUUAUUACUAAUGUUUUUUAUUUCUGUGUAGUUAAUCAUUCCAUGUUGUUUGUAGACUCUCUCGCUAUAUUAACACAUUAUCCUGCUUAUUUAUUACUGCCUUACUUCCUCUUUGGUUUUUUGUAACACCAGGUACUUUAUUUACUUCAUUUUAUGUCAGUAAUGAUGUUCUGACCAAUAGUUCUUGUCCUUAUUGUUACUGUCAUUGUCAUUUUAUUUGUAUCAUACUUCCUCAUUUGAGAAUAAUGUCUUGCACAAUAGUUUAGUUUUUAACAAGAACACAAUUGUAUCCGUUUAUCCUGUCCAUUAUCGACAACAUCACCUUCAUCGUUAUAUUUGUUAGCAGGUGUACAUGUUUAAAUGGUUGAUUGAAAAUUGUCUCUUUUUUAAGGAAAUUCUUUUGUUUUGUUUCCUCAUUAGUGAGCGCCGUAAUUUUCCACUGGGUUUUUUGUAUGCUACUGAAUAUCGUCACUAUUAUUAUUAUUAUCAUCAUUGUUGUUACUAAUAAUGUAUGCUAAUUUUAUCUUUAACAACUAUCCGGUUAGUGGUGGUCUGUUUCACAUGGGUUUCUGUAUGAUAUAUAUAUACACGUAUGAUUUAUAACCCAUUCAUUAAUUAUUAUAAAGUUUUCCUGUUGAAAUUCAGCAUUUUUAGUUGGGAAUCAACUACCAUGACGAUUCUAUAUUCAUUUUUUGUUGGGUUUUAUCUUUUUUUUCUAUAGAGAUGUUAAUGAUGGUUUUGGUCAUUGUUCACUGUACUUUUAAAAGAAUCUUUACGUGUUCUGGUCAUCUUUUUUUGUUAUCAUUACGGAACUUUCACCUUUUUUAAAUUUAUGUAUAUCUAAUGCGUAGUGGACUGUUAGCGAUUUGUUUGCUUGUUUUCAGAUCUCUUUUUAAUCAGUAGGGGCGGCAGUUGAUGAUAAUAAUAAUAAUGAAUAUUAUCCAGUGUUUGUAAUUAUUUUAGCCCGAUGUUUUAUUAAAUAUUUUUUGUUCUAUUACUUGAAAACUCUUAUACAUACGUACGACAAGUCAUUUUGGCUCAUAUAUAAAUAUAUUAACCUAGUUUCAGUUAACUAUGUUCCUUUUCAACCUGAUAAUAAAUAUAACGUUGAUAAAGAAAUUUAAAAUUGUCUAUUAGGUUGUACUAUACUUUAUUUCUAAGAAAUAUCGAAUAACUUUUGCAUCAGUGUAUUACUCUAUUCUCUCUCUCUCUCUCUCUCUCUCU